AUGGACCUCGAGACCGGCGAGCCGCCAAAACUGUACGGCGUGAACCUUCAGCCACCGGCACCGUUCGACUUCGCGAACCCGGCAACAUGGUCGACAUGGCUCAGCCGCUACGAAGACUUCACCGCGGUUUCAGGACUGACAAAAGCGUCGGAAGACGUGCAGGUACGCUCGCCACUGUACUGCAUGGGCCCGGAGGCACGUCCGCUCCUCGAGACGUUCUCGCUCGACGCCCAGUCGCUCGCCUCGUACCAAGUUGUUGCCGCCCGCUUCACUCAGCACUUCGUGCACCCGGCCAACGAGCUCUACGAGUCGUCGCGGUUCCACAGGCCUGUUCAGCUACUCGGCGAAAGCGUCGACACGUACUACGCGGAACUGUGCAGAAUGGUGAAGCGCUGCAACUACCAGUCAGCUGCUGUCGAGGAAAGGCUCAUCAGCAUGUGCCGAAACGUGAAGCUGACGCUCAAGGAGGCAUGGACACAGGCCCGUCAGUCCGAAGACGCCGACAAAGAGAAGGAGUUGAUCCAGAACCGCACCGAGCACGCACGCGAGCUUAUCCUCGACGCCGCGAAAGCAAGUAAGUUCGCCUCUCGUCGCCGCUCCGGUGCUAAGCCUACUACGUGGCAGCCGCCAGCCGAGCGCUCUCGCGAGCCGCCCACAUGUGAAUUCUGCGGCCGCGCGCCUCACCGACGUUCGGACUGCCCGGCUCGACGCUCCGCCUGCAACUUCUGCAAAGAGAAAGGCCACUUCGCUGAAGUUUGCAGCUCGCGGAAGCACCAGCAGAACAAGCUCGGCUCCGUUCACCUGCAUGCCGUGGGCACGCCCGCCGCUGCAAAGUUCGUCGACGUGACCGUUGACAACUACACAGCGCAGUUCAAAGUCGACUCCGGCGCCAAAGUAUCUGCUGUACCCAGCGACUUCCCUACGCUGCCUGCCAAGCUCGACAAAGUCGACAGUCUGCUCAAUGGCCCUGGAGGACAGCCACUUCGCGUGCUAGGCUCGUAUCUGACUCCCAAAGCAACGCUGCACGCCGAGCUCUUCAAAGGAUUGGGCACUCUCAAGGACGAAUACGUUAUUCGGCUGAAACCCGAUGCCGUGCCCUUCUCGCUAAGCGUCCCCCGCAGGAUCCCCAUCCCGCUGCUCGAGGUCGUCCGCCGCGAGCUGGACAAAUUGGAAAGCGCGGGAGUGAUCCGCAGGAUCGACAAGCCAACUCCAUGGUGCUCUGGCCUCGUUGUCGUCAGGAAAGACGAUGGUUCCUACCGGCUAUGCGUCGACUUGACUCAACUCAACAAAGUCGUCCUCCGUGAACGGCAUAUUUUGCCAACGGUUGAGCAAGUCCUUGGCCUCCUCGGUGACGCAACAGUGUUUUCAAGGCUGGAUGCGACCGCAAGCUUCUAUCACGUGAAGCUUUCUGCCGAUUCCCAAGAGCUGACGACAUUCAUCACCCCAUAUGGCCGAUACUGCUUUUGCCGGCUCCCCUUUGGCAUCACCUCCGCUCCCGAGUACUUCCAAUAA